AAGAAUCCAAGAAUAUCAGUUAGAAAAACUCAACGGACUGCCUAAUGUGGGACAAACAUAGAUUGCAGAUCACAGCUGAUUAUGCAGGAGAGGAUACACCCAAUGAAAAGCCAUACAAAUGUUUGGAGUGUGGCAAAAGCUUUACUCGGAAAAGCUUCCUUGUGAUUCAUGGAAGGACCCAUACUGGAGAGAAGCUCUAUCAGUGCUCCCAAUGUGGCAAAAGAUUUAGCAUGCAUUGCAAUCUGGUGAGACACCAGAGGACUCAUACCGGGGAGAAACCCUUUGAAUGUCCUGAUUGUGGGAAAAGUUUCAGUCAGAAUUCCAAUCUGGAGAUACACCAGAGGACUCACACAGGAGAGAAACCAUAUGAGUGUGCAGACUGUGGGAAAUGUUUCAGACAGAAUUCCAAUCUGGUGAGACAUCGGAGGACUCACACAGGAGAAAAACCAUAUGAAUGUUUGGAUUGUGGGAAAUGUUUCCAAGAUAAUUCCAACCUGAUGAAUCAUAGGAGGACUCACACAGGUGAAAAGCCCUAUGAGUGUCUGUAUUGUGGGAAAAGUUUCAGGCAGAAUUCCCAUCUGGUGGAACAUCAGAGAAUUCACACAGGAGAAAAACCAUAUGAGUGCCUAGAUUGUGGGAAAAGAUUUAGAUGGAAUUCUCACCUAGUGGUGCAUCAGAGAACUCACACAGGGAACAAACAGUAUCAGUGUCUGGAUUGUGGCAAACGUUUCAAGCAGAAUUCCAACUUGGUGAUUCACCAGAGGACUCAUACGGGAGAGAAACCCUAUGAGUGUCUGGAUUGUGGAAAAAGUUUCAAGCAUAAUUCCAACUUGAUGAUUCACCAGAGGACUCACACAGGACUGAAACCGUAUGAGUGUUCAGAAUGUGAGAAAGGUUUCAGUUGUAAGUCUGAACUGGUGAAGCACCAGAAGACUCACACUGGAGAGAAACCAUACGAGUGUCUGUAUUGUGGGAAAAGUUUCAGUCAGAAUUCCAAUUUGGUGAUACACCAGAGAACACACACAGGAGAAAAGCCAUAUCAGUGUCUGGAUUGUGGGAAAGGAUUCAGUCAGAAUUCCCACCUGGUUAUACACCAGAGGACUCACACCGGAGAAAAACCGUAUGAGUGUUCAAAAUGUGGGAAAGGUUUCAGUUGCAAGUCUGACCUGGGGAAGCACUGGACGACUCACACGGGAGAGAAACCAUAUGAUUGUCUGUAUUGUGGAAAAAGAUUUAGCAUGCAUUCCAAUCUGGUGAAACACAAGAGGACUCACACAGGGGAGAAACUCUUUGAAUGUCCUGUUUGUGGGAAAAGUUUCAGUCAGAAUUCCCACCUGGUGGAACACCAGACGACACAUACAGGAGAGAAACCGUAUAAAUGUAGUGAUUGUGGGAAAAGUUUCAGUUUGAAUUCCUACCUGGUGAGACACCAGAGGACCCACACAGGUGAAAAACCAUAUCAAUGUCCAGAUUGUGGGAAAGGUUUCAGUCAAAAUUCCUACUUGGUGAGACACCGGAAAACUCACACAGGAGAAAAACCAUAUGAGUGUUUUGAAUGUGGGAAAACUUUCAAUCGGAAUUCCCAUUUGAUGAGACACUGGAGGACUCACACAGGAGAGAAACCUUACGAAUGUCCUGAUUGUGGGAAAGAUUUCAGUUAUAGGUCUAGCCUUAUAAAGCAUGUAAGGUUACACAUAGGGGAGUAACCAUUCAAACGCCCAGAUUGCAGACAGGGUUUCACACAAAGUUCACACUCGUAACUCUAAGGCAAGCUGUUCCAUUGGUUAAUUGUUCUGACUGUCUUAACAUUUUCCUUAUUUCUAGUUUGAAUCUUUCCUUGAUCAGUGUGCACCCACACUGCCUUUGGGUGCUUUGCAAAAUCGUUUCCUCCUCCCUUUGUGACAGCCUCUCAAAUAUUGAAAGACUGCUUUCAUGUCACACCUGGUUCUUGUCUGCACUAGACUAGCCAUGCCCAAUUCUUGUAACUGUUCUUCAUACGUUUUAGCCUACGAGCCUUUGAUCUCGGCUUCCUUUCUUCUACCUUUUUCUUUCCUUUCUCUUAUCCCAUCUGAGCUUCCUUUUUCUUUCUUCUACCUUUUUCUUUCCUUUCUCUUUCUCAUCUGAUAUUCCUUUUUUUGGCCCAGUGCAGUAGGUUCCUUUCACAGAGUCGAGGGAUCUGCGAUUGCUGGGCCAGAGAAAGCGAGUUUCGAGCUCUAUUAGGUAUGCUUGACUUAAUUCUACUUAUUUCUGUAGAACAUGUAAAAUGUAUGUAUGUAUGUAUAUACUACAAUAGUAUAGGGCCGUGAUGGCGAACCUAUGGCACGCGGAGCCAUAUUAGUGGGCAUGCCAGCUCAGCUCUGGGGCGCAUGCGCGUGCCGGCCAGCUGAUUUUUGGGCAUUCUGGGCCCACCAGAAGUAGGGAAACAGGCUGUUUCCUGCCUCUGGAGGGCCUGGGUGGGGUGGGGAAGGCCCGUUUUUCUUUCUUACCUGGCUCCAGAUCCUCUCCAUGUAUC